AUGGCAAAGGGAGAGCCUCAGCGGCGAGAGCAGGCAUGGACACCUCUGCCAAACAGAACAGAGUCAAACACAAAAAUGAAGCUCACACGGAAUGGAAAGAUUAUCCUAAGUACCGUAAUGAUGGUGAUUGUUGCAAUAACCAUUGGACUUAUUGUUUAUUUUGUUGCUUUUGGUAGCACACCUUUCUAUUAUCAUAUCAGCUUUAAAGUCAAUAACAUUGACUAUAACAGCAAAUUUGAAAAACCAUAUUCACAAGAAUAUAUGGACCUAAAUAAAAAGGUAGUGUCUCUGGUAAAUUUCUAUGAAUCAAAGCUAACUCACCAGCACCUAAAAAACAAAAUUAUUUUUCUGUUUUUAUUCUAUAGCCAACUCAAAGGGAAGGUGAUAGUUCAUGCUGUGCUGAAGUUUAAAUCCUGCUAUAAGAAUAAUGCUGCAAAAUUUUGGGAUAGGAUUGAAACUAUUUUACGUCAAAAGCUAGAAGGUAAAACUGGAUCAUUAUGUGUAGAUCCUUCCACAUUUAAAUUUUCAGAUAUUGAAAUGCCAGUGGCAGAAAAUCUUCUCAAUACUUGUUGUGGACAACGCACAAUAACUCCUUCUGGCAAUAAAAUAGCAGGGGGUACAGAUGCUGAGGAAGGGGAAUGGCCCUGGCAAGCAAGCCUUCAACAGGACAAGGUCCACCGAUGUGGAGCAACUCUGAUUAGUAACAGUUGGCUAGUCACUGCCGCUCACUGUUUUGUAAGGGCCAAAGACCCAAAACAAUGGAAUGUUAGUUUUGGGCUUCUUUUAAGUGAUCCCCAAAUGCAACGAAGUGUCAAGGACAUUAUAAUUCAUGAAAACUACCACUACCCUGAACAUAAUAAUGACAUUGCUGUUGUGCAUCUGUCUUCACCAAUAUUAUACACAAGUAACAUACGAAGAGCGUGUCUUCCAGAAGCUACUUAUAUAUUCCCAUCCAAUUCAGAUGUGGUGGUCACAGGAUGGGGAACAUUAAAGUCUGAUGGAACAAGUCCUAAUAUACUCCAAAAAGGAUUAGUGAAGAUAAUAGAUAAUAAGACCUGCAACAAUAAAGAAGUAUAUGAUGGCGUUGUCACACCUGGAAUGUUGUGUGCUGGGUUUCUGGAAGGACAAGUGGAUGCCUGCCAGGGUGACUCUGGCGGACCUCUGGUUAGUGCAGAUUCUAAAGGUAUCUGGUUCCUUGCUGGCAUUGUAAGCUGGGGAGAUGAAUGUGCCCUUCCAAACAAGCCGGGAGUCUAUACUCGAGUGACAUUCUAUCGAGAUUGGAUCACGUCUAAAACUGGUCUCUAA